AUGUUGCACGCCUUUCAGGAUGGAGUCCCCGUAAUCCUGCCUGCGUUUGACUGGAAACAUUGCAAGCAAUACACGAGGGCUGGAACAUUGCUAGGUUCCCCAAGCUUAGACAGGAGCAGUCGAGAUGCCUGGGUUGAGUUUGAACCACGGACCUUCCGGUCAAAUGUCCCUGGUUUGAACCCGACCUCUGCUUCCCGACUUUCCCUGUCUAGGUUUGGGCAACCGGGCAGCAUCCCAGCCCUCAUGCUUCCUUCGGGUGGCAUGACAGCUAGGCACCAAAAGGGUGUUACAGCUGAACUAUUAGGAGAUCGAAAGUCCUACUCACAGCUGUCAGAUAAACUUCAUGGUUGUAAGGCAGUGAUUGACACAACCCAGACAAACAGCAUCAAACCAGCUCUAGCUGGGACACCUCGUGGUUUGGCACAACUGUUUGCAUCAGCUACACUCUUUCGGGAGCGAGAUGGUCCAAGUGGUUACAGCGCGAAUUUACUGACCGCAAGGUCCGUGGUUCGAACCCGACCUCUAUCUCUCGACUUCCCCCGUCUAGGCUUGGGCGACCUAGUCCUCGUGCUACCUUCGGGUGGCAUGGCAGCUAGGCAACGGAAAGGUGUUACAGCUGAACACUCUUUCAUCCUUAGUUGUUCACUUAGGUUAGGAGUUGUGGUCGAGCGCUUUUGCACUGCUUGUGUUGCGAAAACUUUGUUCAUCUGUCUCACCUUGACUGUACGCGUGUAUAGUCACUGUCAAUGCCAAUCGGUCAUUACCUUCCCUUUCAGAGAAUCUCCACCGCUCGAGGUUUCGGUCGGAUUCGCUCAGUCCACCGGCGAUUCGUUGUCCAUCCGCACCACCCUACCCAUGGUCACGUCAGCCGGUAGCCGACUUGAAAUGAGAGAGUCAAUCCUAGUCAGCCCCUCACUGAGCUGUACUUCUACCGUGGACGGCAUCGAUGAUUUGGACGAGCACUUACCAACAACUACCUAUGUGUAUCAUCAUCACCAAAGGCACGACGUGGACCACCAUCCGGCAGGCGCGCACGCACAACACCACCAGCAUUCGGGAGUGAACAAAGACCUGUUUGACUCGCGUGGUCCAACGGUCACCUACCAUCAUCACCAUCAUGCCCAUCACCACCACCAUCAUCACUUGCCCCAGACCCCGAUCUCUGCAUCGAACAACGUAUCUCCGCCCAUCUGCUCGCCAGUCAAACCGAUGACUUUGGCAUCAGGCAGUAUCCAUAACGCAGUUUCCUUCCCUGAACCUACCACUGUGAUCAAUCUGGACUCACUGGAUCAGAAUGUGAACCACGCACAUUGCCACAAUCACCCUCAUUAUCAUCGACAUCAUCAAGGACACGGUCUGGGCCCUCACCACCACCACCACCACCACCAUCACAUUCGUCAUCACUCCGUGACUCAUAAUCACGUGAACACCCCGGUGAAUAAGGAAAAUACAAUCAUGACGAUGACUAAUGGUGGUGAAACCGUGUCGAAAAAGACCACCACUUCCGUGCCGACGACCUCCACACGGGAUUUGAAGCGAGUAAUGCAUUUGUCCAAUUCGAAAGAGUACAACGGUCCGGCAGAACAAAAUGAACUAUACUCCGCGCAGGCAGGUGGUGCACAAUCCAUGUUCGGGUCAGUGGAUAGGCACCGCGCGAACACUGCUGACUCGUCCGUUGGUUCUCCCUUCCAAACAGGACAACCUACGUGCUUGGUUGCUACUCGGGAACCACAAUCUGAUCGAUCAAGGACGGGUCAUGUACAUCCUGCCACACCACCACCACCACCACGGUGUUCGCCGAGCUCAACAGGGAAAUUCACGAUCAGCUUGCCCACUACAUCGCCUGCGUCGAGCGUCCAUAAAAAAGAGCAUGGAGAACGUGUUAUGCAACUGCAACACUUACUUCCACCGGAAGCCAUACAAAAAAUCCGUCAGAUAUGGAAAGAUAUCUUUGGUGCCGGUGCGACCAGAUCAGAUGAUCGUUCUCUCCUCUCCCUUGGAUCGAUCUCCAGCGGGCCUGCUAGCCGAGUCCAGCCAGGAGGAGCCUUAAGAGAACACUUUGCCCGUCGUGUCCGACAGAUUGUGCGUCAGUAUCUUGGUCCAAAUGCGUUAGUUACCGCGAAGCAGACGCGAACCACCACAGCCAACGUGUCAGUUACUGUACCCGAGGCACCGACUGAAGAAACGAAACCAGCUGAUCUGUUUUUCGGACCGAAUGGUCGUGAUGAAAACGUCGCAAGUAGCGGCUCUACUGUCACAGCGCCUCGAUUAUCCACAACUCCAACUGAGACUACCUCACUCAGCAACGACAACACCAGUGGCGGUCACUUGCCCACGGUGCCAAUACCUUUGGUAACCUCCACCUGCACAACGACCGUGGCAAACGUGACUUCACCCCCCGUGGUUGACUUUAAAUCGACAUCCAACCUGUCCUCGGAGUCACGUCAGGCUUAUUCUCAGUUGCCUCCGUCAGGAGGACCGCAAGCGCCACCCAACAUGUGUGUCACGGAUCUCCAGGCUGCUCGGCGUGCUUCUGGGAAUUCCACGUGUUGUAUGCUAGAAUGGCUUCUCUCGGAGGAGGCUGAUCUCGACUUGUUGCCUGCUUCAUUCUACGACGCGAAACCUGGACCGUCAAGCAUCUCUGUCGCCACAGCGCCAUCGGUCAAACCGACUGAAACUGGCUCAAGCGCUCUCACAACCGCCAACCACAGUGUGGUUACCGCUAACAAUACCGGUGUUCUCCCUCACUAUUCCUCUCCCUUCACAUCUUAUUUACCUCCCAGUUCCGUUGGCUCAGCGUCAUCAUGUGACUCGACCAGUAAACAACCCUUAUCCAUCCAAUUCCAACCCCCCAUCUCGACACCAACUACUUUCUGCCAGUCUGUGCUUGUAAGCCCGGUGACACCAGCCAGUUUGGGUAGUGAUUCGAGUCGACCGCUUCUCGGUUCGCCCACGACCACAAUAACUUAUCCACCGUGCCCAAAUCGUGAUCUGGAUCAAUCUGGUCCCGCAUCGCAGCCAACCCCAAAUCGCCACACCAAUUCCGUCGAGUCGAGUCCAACUUCUUCCAGUGUGGCCGCCUCGCGAAGUAACAGCCUGCUUGUGGUAACUGUUACACCCUUUCGGUGCCUAGCUUCUAUGCCCUUGAGAACCGGGAUACUGUCGAGUUGCCUAAGCCUAGACAGGAGAAGUCGAGAUGCAGAGGUCGGAUUCGAACCACGGACUUUCCGGUCAGCGAAUUUGUGCUCGCCAUAUCUUUGGGCACGUAUGUGA